CAAACUGACGUUUUUGGUUAUUUUUGUUCUCGCCUCGUGUUUACUUUAGUGUCUAAUUUCGGUCCAAUUGCGAAAAAUUUGUUGUGCAACAACACUUCAAUCAAUAUUUCGAUCAUACACGGAAUCGCCAUACGGAAUAGUAUCGAUCCACAGUUUCCGACUAGGUAUAUGUAUACAGUAUCACGUGGUGGUGUGGUGGUUUAUAUAAUUCUUGUUUACCGCACAAGUCGAAACUUUGCGCAUGUGCGUCCCGUCAGUAACCUCAAAUCGUAGAGCGGGCUAGGAGUCGGCAGGUUCCGGACAUCCGGGUCGCGGAGCAGCGGAUCCGGCACGCGUGUGAACUUGUGAUGUGCCCUUGUGCCAGCAGUGGCAGUGCGCGCCCCGCGUGUGGACCUAAGCGCUGGUGAUACUCGCGCGCGCCUGACAUGGCCCAGACUCAGUUCUCGCGGAGCUCGGAGAGCGACGCGUGGGCGCUGCUCUCGCUCAAGUCGCCCCCGUCGCCUUCGAAAGUGCAGUGGGCCCAGGAGCCGGCUCCGGUGGCCAUCGCGCGGCUCGACGGGAGAGACUUUGAGUACUUGAUCCGGCAGAAGCGCGUGGUGAUCGGACGCAACUCGAGCCGGGGAGAAGUGGACGUUAACAUGGGACACUCGAGUUUCAUAUCGCGGCGUCACUUGGAGUUGUUCUACGACCAGCCGGAGUUCUACCUGACGUGCAACAGCAAGAACGGCGUGCUGGUGGACGGCGUGUUCCAGCGGAAGGGCUCGGCGCCGAUGCUGCUGCCCAAGAGAUGCACUCUUCGCUUCCCUUCCACGAACAUCCGCCUGGAGUUCCAGUCUCUGGUGGAGGAGAGCGGCAGCGGGGCGGGGGGCAGCUCGGGCCCGCCGCUGCCGCCGCUCCGGAUCACCAUCCCCGUCGACAACGACGGCCGCAGUCCCGCACCCUCGCCUACUGGCACGAUAAGCGCGGCGAACAGCUGUCCGACGUCACCCCGCGGCGCCGGCUCGUCGGGCCGGCGGCACGCCGACCUCGGCCUCGUGGCGCAGCACUACGCCGAGCUGGCGCAGCGACCCACCUCCAACGGCACUGGUGCCUCCUCCGCAUCAGAUUCUGGGUACAGCAGUCGUGACGUGCGCGAGCGCGACCGCGACCACCGCGAGCGCGACCACCGGGACGACGCCAAGCCGCCCUACAGCUACGCGCAGCUCAUCGUGCAGGCCGUCGCCUCGGCGCCGGACAAGCAGCUCACGCUCAGCGGCAUCUACAGCUACAUCACCAAGCACUACCCCUACUACCGCACGGCCGACAAGGGCUGGCAGAACUCUAUACGUCACAACUUAUCACUUAACAGAUACUUCAUAAAGGUGCCGCGCAGCCAGGAGGAGCCGGGCAAGGGCAGCUUCUGGCGCAUCGACCCGCAGAGCGAGGGCAAGCUCAUCGAGCUCGCCUUCCGCCCGCGCCGUCCGCGCGGCGUGCAGUUCCGCGCGCCCUUCGGCCUCUCCUCCAGGAGCGCGCCCACGUCGCCGUCGCAGGUGGGCGUGUCGGGGCUCGUGACGCCCGAAGAGUUGUCGCGCGAGCCCACCCCGGACCUCUUCACCGGCGAGGACCACGACCAGAGCGGACAGCAGCGACUGAGCGGCGCGGGCGCGGGCGCGGGCGCGGCGGCGGCGCAGUACCUGUUCUCGGGCCGCAGCGGCGUCAGCCAGAGCGCGCCCGGCUCGCCAGGGCACGGCAUGGCGUACAGCGCGGGCGGCAGCGGGCGCGGGCACCAGAUCACCGUCGUCACCAACGGCGCCGGCGGCGAGCGGGAAGAGAAGUACGUGGUGGGCACGAGCACGGGCGGGCUGGUCUCCAUCCAGGAGGAGGCGCUGCAGCACGAGCCCUACCUGCAGGGCCGGUACUCGGGCGACAUGGAGGCGCUGGCCGGCGAGCUCGUCAUCGAGGCCGCGCUGGAGCCGCCGCACAAGCGCCCCCGCCACGACGUGUCGGAGGCGGAAGAGCGACGCGCGUAUUGACGCGCGCACGCGUGAGCGCCGCCGCGCGCGCGCUCCGGGGAGCCUUACGGACCGAGUUAACGUGGAGUUCACUAGAGGGCGCCGUUGACAAGUAUCCCGAUAUAGCCCGGUGCGAUCCUCGGAAUGCGGUGCGGCCGGCCGGUAGGGCGGCGAUAAUGCGGCGGUCGGAGUAUGUCUGGGACUGCGAUACCCCCGACGGUUGCGCCGUGGACGGUGUCGAGAGUGAUUUUAGUUUACGCGUAAGUAAUGCAGUAGUAUGAUCUACGGAUGCCUUUUUCGUUUGUUUUUUUUUUCAAAUAGUUCCGGACUCGAGUGCACAGUUUGACAGUUGUAAACGUCUGUUUGACUCUUUUAAUUAUACGCUUGCAGUGACUAUGUGUUGCCAGCUUCAAAAAUAUGCCGGCGACCGCCGCGUUUCUAAAUUUUAUUCUCGUAUUUCUGAAGCUGGUUGAAACAUUUUAAAAUUAAAGUACUAAGUGCAAUGAUUUAUUAUAAUUUAUUGAUAAGUUUAGUUAGAAAUAAAUGUGUAACCGAUCAUUGUUGCUUAUUUGAUUAGGAGCUACUUAAAUUAGUAGAGACUCAUUUGUAGACGGAAUAACAUUUUAUUUAAUCGAUCGAAUAUUUUAAGUGCUAAUUUAAUUUUUUAUAUCCUAAAAGUGUGGUUGAGCGGUGACUUAGGGUUCGGUUACUCUGUGUGUCUGAACCUCGGCGGGUGACUGGGGACCGAUGGAACCCAUCGAUUAAAUUCACGAAGCGAUAACUUUCAUGAGAUCAAUAAAAUUGUUUAAAUAAUCGAUGAAUUUGGCACGCGAGUACAACAUUUUUACGAAAAGAAUUUUCGAAUAUUUCCCUUUCUAGAUAAAUUUACAAAUGCGUAAUUUAAAUAUUCCCCAGUUGAAGUUUGUGAAAAUGAAUUCUUGUAAAGAAUUUAAUUAUUACAAUAAUGUAAUAACCUAAGUCAUGAAUUUGGAAUCGCCUUAGAUACGGCCGUUGUAUUUUUAUCCUAUCAACCUUUUCGAUGUAAGGAUUAGGAAUAAAAGGAAGCAAUAGAAAUAUUUUUGAUGUCUCAAAUUAUAAUAACCAACGAAGCAAUUUAGUAAUAAAAUGGCUGAUUCAUUUGCUUAUAGCAAAUCUAUAGAGUAUAUUAUCUACGGCCAUUGGUCUAUAGCCUUAUAAACUUACACAGUAGCAGUACAAUAUGUGUGAAAUGUCUGAAGUUAAUCAUUUAAACUUAUACCCCCUUAUUCAUAAACGUUUACUAAACUUAUCAAGCCGAUAAAGUUCGUUUGUCCCUUUUCGACGUAUUGGUGUGAUAGAAAGGGACAAACGAACUUUAUCAGCUUGAUAACUUUAGCGAACGUUUAUGAAUGAAGAAGGAAGUCUUUAUACUUCACUACUGAUAAUGAUAUUUAAGACAUUCUCUGCUGAUUUAAUCAGUGUAUAUUAAAUCAUAUUAUUUGCUUUGAUUUAAUUAGUUGGCGGCGCUUUAAAUCGAGAAGUACUGCCAGGCAAUUGUAAUAUUUUGAUUACUUCUGUGUUUAUACAUGGUAAAAUUUUUAAUUGUUCAUUUUUCGCCAUACAACAGUUAAAUAUUCUUAAUAGAAAUAGCAAGGUUUUCGCCAGUAAUUUGAAAGCGAACAGGCAAACUUAUUUAAUAGAUAGGUGAAUAACGAAAGAGAAAAUUCUAGCAAUUGCCAGUAUGCCCUAAACCCGAUGUGCCACGAAGUUGGACGUACUUUAUAUAGAAUCAUUUUGUUUCAAGUAUGAUAGCUGAUGUGACCAUGUCACAGGUUACACAUUGCCACAGCAAAACUGAUGGUGUUGUGCCAUCUAUAGUUGGUCAACUAAAUCUUGGCACAAAAAAGCGGCAAAUUUGAAAAUUGUAGGGCUCAUCGGCCAAUUGUCUUCAUAAAACGCUUGCCCUCCUAAACCUUGACGUUGGCGGAAUUAUCGACGAGCCGUAACACAAAAAAAUUGAUUGGAAAUACGAAGGUUAAUUGAAAAUUUAAAAAUAUGAAUUUCGCGCCUUUUUUUAUUGCCAAGUUUUAGUUGACCGUCUAUAAUUCUAAGUGUAGGACGCCAACCUUUGUUGAUACUGUUACUUUCUAAAGUUCGAACUGUCACACUGACAUGGGGCUCCAAGACAAUAUUAUCGAAAUAUUCUUAAAUUGGUUGUUUAAAUAACUUCGCAAAUGCUAGAAUUUUCUUUACUACUUAUUAUAUUUGUAUAAUUUGUCGUAUUUUAAAGUCUAUUUGCAUAUUCAGGUAUUAGUAGGUAUAUAGUUUAUGUAAAGUUACGAAAUCAAAUAAAUAGUUCCUUUAUUUUGCCACGUAAUGCAAUUAAAUAGGUAUUUUUAGGUCCUAUCUUGUAUUUGCCUGUACUUCACUUUCAGAACGAGAUAAUUUAUAAACCGGGCAUCCUAAAGCAAUGUAGAUAGGUAAAGAAAAAUGCUGUUCUAUUUUGAAAUGUGUAUUAGCGAAAUAAAUAGUCAUAUAAAACUCCUUUAACCUUUUGAACGCCAUCCGUUAAACCCGCGAGUCGUGUCAUCACGCGCACGACAACUAUGUGCUCAAUGAUCUAACAUCUCUGACACGUCCGCUCCCUAUACAUGCUCUUAAGGCAUGGGCCUUUGAGGGUUUUGACGUUCAAAAGGUUAAACAUAAAGUUUGAAAUCCCCUAGACACUAGCAAAAUAAUCAAUGAAAAUAUUAGAACCUCGAAACGGUUUCUGCUAUGUAUUAGUUUCUGUGAAAGCGUUUAAAUUAGUAAUAACAAUAGUAAUACUGAAGUUUUUUUUUCGCAAGAGAGUAUAAUCUCGUUCACUGUAACCAAUACACCAACUCCAUAGUACAUAUUAAGCUUAGCACUGGUAAAUAAGAAUAUGAUAUUCUUAUACUUAAAAGUUAAAACAUUUGUAUCGUAGUCAAGUUACUACACGAUCUAAUACUGUGGAAAGAGUGAAUAAAUGUUUUGGUAUACAAAUAUGUGAAGUAGUUGAUAAACAGUAGCAUACAUCCACAUAAGUUCAAUCUUCAUAUAAUGUAAGAGAACUGGGUUAUGUUAUGAUUAUUUAUCGCACCUAACCUAACAAUAUUGUGAAAUGAUGAAGAUGUGUUUUAAUUUCGUAUAUGUAUGUCGAUGUCGAUCAAAUUAGUUACAAUAUAUGGCCGACUUACAAGAUUUUAAUGAUUAGCAUAAUAACGAUUUUCUUAUUUGUGUAUUAACAAUCUAUAACUUAUUCAAGAUUGGUUCGCGAAAUAUGAAUCUAUUUAGCUUAUUUCACCUUAUUAAAAUGGGCCACAAUUUUGGCAUAUGCCGUUUUUUCAAGAGUGCUUUAAUUGAUAUGAUUACUGGAUAAAAAUCCCUACGCGCUCUUAUAUUUUAAAAUAAUAGGGUGUCUCAAAACGGCGCCAGAAACACGAACCUUCAAAAUUUCGAAGCCUGAUCAGAAAUAUAUUACUAUUGUCAAGAGGGCGCUAUUAUCCUGAUGAAUGUAUGCGGUGACAGUUCAGUAUACUAUGAAGAAAAUAGUUCUAAUGAAAUUCCGCAAGAUGGCGCUUAGUCAUAUAUUUUUGGUCGGGCUGUAUGGUAAGGCGGCUUAGAACUUGUGAUUUAGUAUGUACUGCACUUACGUUCGUGCGAAUGCCGUCAACAUUGUAAACUAAUGUUAGCUGUAGAAUAUUUUAUUUAGCGUAGGUGUAUAGGCGGGAUUGAAUGAGGAAAGAUUAUUUUAGCAUUUAAAUAUAUGUGAAUUAUGUGAGGCUUAUUCGGCGUUCCGUUUCUGGUCUCGUCUCGUUUUGUAUAAAUCGUAGGUCGGUAGGUGCAUGGUUUUAUGUAGUAUUUCGCUAUUCAUUCGCGGGUUGGUCUAUAGCUCUUUUAAACUGUUUGAAAAGUUUCACCAAUUUGUAAAUAUCGCUGUUAUAACAGUUUGUUUUAUUGCAAUAUCGUGAAAGAGGUAAUGAAUAUUCAAUAAAAAUGAAAAUAUCGUUAUUAAUUUAGGUGAACUAAAAUUUUAAUCCUCGUCUUAUUUAUGACGGCGGAGAGUUAGUCAUGUCAACUCGCGAAUAAUAACGUUUAGCUAAGUUGUUAAGCUUUGAAGACAGCCUUUGGUAAUAUGAAUCAAUUUCCAGUUAUUUGGGUUGGGUGACUACAAUUCCAACUUCGCUUUCCUGCAGUUUACUGAGUAACCGUAAUGACCUGAAAUCUGAAUCAAACUAUGUUAUACCUACGCUGUCCUUGUUCUUAAAAUAUCACGAAAAUUAAAAUUAAUAAAUCCUCGACCAAUGUUUACCUUCAAGGUAUAUGAAAUACAACACUAUUUAAAAAUUUGGAGAACUCUGUACGCGGGUGAAACAGCGAAAUCAACUUGAGUUUAACAAAUCGAUUUUUCGCCCAGAUGAUUUAACCGGAAAAGUCCUUUAAAGAGGCAAGUGACUGAAAAAUAUGAAAGGACUUUGUGCUUAUUAUCAACGCUUUGACCGUAACACGUAGCUAUGGAGAAUGUAGGGGCCCAUCAACUUAUUCUUGUUUCUGUCUGAGUGAUUCUUGUGACGUUUCUUGGAAAGAAAUCAUGCUUAAGGUCACCUGAGGGACUCGCGUCACUCGGUGUUAGUGCCUCUUUUGAAACAACAUAGUAUAAAAUAUUAAAAGUUAAGCGACCAUUAUAUGAACCAUAAUGGGUUGCAGUCAUUUUAGAAGUUAGUAAAAGACGCAUACAUACCUAGUGAUGCAGAUGACCUUAUAAUAGUAAAAGUUUGGUAGAUUUAUAAUCCACUAAAACAAGUUUUAUACAGUUGUGUGGAUAUAUGGAAAAUUGGUAUAAAUAGAAGAACAAGUUGAUAGACCUAUAGCCACACUUAAACAUGUAUAAAUAUGUAUAAACAUAUAUAAGAGCUAAAGGUAGAUUAAGUUCGCAACUAGCGUAUGAUAUAAGGCAUUUAAAAUGCCAAUAAUACUUCGUGUCUAAAGUAAUGUAUUUAGUGUAUGCUGGUAUAUAAUUUGUUGUGUAUAUUGCAUACUAUAACUCGGGAAGCUCCUUCCGGAUGGUUGUACCAAGACACUUGUCUGAAUAUUGACAAAUUUUAAGAAAUAAACGUAUUUUAAUCCUU